GGCGGCUCGGAGGAGGUGAGUCUGAUUGGCAGGACGUGGCCGAAGGUGUGCGUCGGCCAUGGCGGAGCGCGGGAGGAAGCGGCCCUGCGGCCCGGGCGAACAUGGCCAAAGGGUUGAGUGGCGAAAAUGGAAGCAGCAGAAGAAAGAGGAGAAGAAGAAGUGGAAGGAUCUUAAGCUGAUGAAAAAACUGGAGCGGCAGCGGGCGCAGGAGGAACAGACAAAGCGCCAGGAGGAGGAGGAGGCCGCUGCACAGCGGGAGGACCAGGGGAGGCCCUACACCCUGAGCGUGGCCUUGCCUGGUUCCAUUCUUGACAAUGCCCAGUCGCCCGAGCUUCGCACCUACCUGGCUGGCCAGAUUGCCAGAGCCUGUGCCAUCUUCUGUGUGGAUGAGAUUGUGGUGUUCGAUGAAGAGGGCCAGGAAGCCAAGACUGUGGAAGGGGAAUUCAGGGGCGUCGGCAAGAAGGGGCAGGCAUGUGUACAGCUGGCCCGGAUUCUGCAGUACCUGGAGUGUCCCCAGUACCUAAGGAAGGCCUUCUUUCCCAAGCACCAGGAUCUGCAGUUUGCAGGGCUCCUGAACCCCUUGGACAGCCCUCACCACAUGCGUCAGGAUGAGGAAUCUGAGUUCCGAGAGGGCGUCGUGGUGGACCGGCCCACCCGGCCAGGCCAGGGCUCCUUCGUGAACUGUGGCAUGAAGAAGGAGGUGAAGAUUGACAAGAACUUGGAACCUGGGCUUCGUGUGACCGUGCGCCUGAGCCAGAAGCAGCUCCCGGAAAGCAAGACCUACCGUGGAAAAGUCGUGUCGUCUCAGGACCCUCGCACCAAAGCUGGUCUCUACUGGGGCUACACGGUCCGGCUGGCCUCCUGCCUCAGUGCUGUGUUUGCUGAGGCCCCCUUCCAGGACGGGUAUGACCUAACCAUCGGGACAUCAGAGCGAGGCUCGGAUGUGGCCUCUGCCCAGCUUCCCAGCUUCAGGCAUGCUCUUGUGGUGUUCGGGGGCCUCCAGGGGCUAGAAGCUGGAGUGAAUGCUGACCCCAACCUGGAGGUGACUGAGCCCAGUGUCCUCUUCGACCUGUAUGUGAACACCUGCCCCAGCCAGGGCAGCCGCACCAUCCGCACCGAGGAAGCCAUCCUCAUCUCCCUGGCUGCCCUGCAGCCGGGCCUCACCAAGGCAGGUGCUGGCACAGCAGAAGGUCCGUCAGGCACUAGGGAGUGAAGAAGCAGCGGCGAAGCCAGAGGUUCUUGAGGUGUCACCUGGGACAAACACAGCCAAGACUUCCUCCAAAAAUAACCAUCUUUAAUGCGACC